GUGGUAGAUCGCACUCGGCAGCUAUUCCUCGACCAGACCACGGCAGAUGCCCGCCUCAAAGCUCGCUCUUUUCCUCUCCUUCCUCCUCUUCUCAGCCCCCUCCCAAGCCAUCUGGCCCUUCAAAGAGAAGCGGUUCAAAGACGAAGCUUUCAUCGAUGCAGGCUCAUUAGGCCUCGGCAAGCUCGACGGAAGAGUCGCCGCUGUUGGAGACUGGAACGCAGACUCCAAGUAAGGUGGUAGAGUGCUGUCUGACUGGAGACGCUGACAAGUCGGCAAGGUUGGAUCUCUUCACGCUUUUGAACGACGGCAAGACGGUUCAAGUAUAUCUGUGGGAUAAAGACAAGUUCAAGUACAAAUUAUCGCACACUCUCGCGCUUUCCUCUACAAUCUCCAACAUAGUGCCGGGCGACUUCAAUCACGAUGGGCAUCUGGAUCUGCUACUGAUGUACGAUAAGUCUGCCGAUGGGGGCUGGUGGGGCGGGAAAACGGAGCGGUUGGGGAUGGAUGUUUAUCUUGGAGGUGGACCAAAUGGUGGUUUCCAACCAGAACCAUGGUCGUUGCCCAUCUCUACCCCAGCUCAGCCCAUCGUGUUUGAUGCUGAUGGGUCUUUGAGGCCCUCGCUAUUAGGCUACCACCCCACAGAAUCCACAGAUGGCAUAGUAACAUGGAAGAACAACGGAACCGGGUUCUCAUUAGAGACGCCCCCUCUUAGACCAAUUGACCAAGUCUUCUCACUGGCCAACCCUCAUAGCAGCGCCUUCAUCGAUAUUGACGGCGACUGCUUACCGGAUCUGGUUCUCCACUGCACCCGGACCACCGGGGAUUCUCUUCAAAUAUGGCUAAACCGAGCGGACGCCGGCUAUGUCCUAUCUCGCAACUACAACCUACCUCCCGGAAGCGGCCCCAUCACAUUUGCCGACAUGAAUCGCGAUGGAUCAAUAGAUAUCGUGUUCCCUACCUGUUCGCAGACUAGUUCAUCCACUGGCCUCGGAUCUGACUGCCAGAUCAACAUCGCCUAUAAUAAGCAGGUCCCGCUAUGCUCCACAGAAGCGUCUCAAUGGAUCCAGGAAGGGGUUUUGAAAUGUCGAGGUUGGGGCGAUAUGUGCAUCUCUGAUGAAAAGUUUGAAUUUGCUUUCGACGAUCAUGAUCCUGAUUUCAUUUCUGUACCUAUCGCCUCCCUCUCCCAAAGCACCUCCAAGCUGGGGCUUCUCCUGCAUGCUCCUGGCAAGCCCUCCCUUCCAUCCCCCUUGCGACCAGGCGACUACAAUGUCGAUGGGUUUCCCGAUCUCCUAUUCGUCAUGUCCACCGACAAAGGCACGCAAGUGCAGAUACUGGAGAGUAUUACAUGCGGAAAAAACGUGGCGGGGUGCGGGAAAGGCAUCACGAGAGGCUGGAGGCUCGGGGGUGGGAAGGAUUGGGAGGAUCUAGAAGAGAUCGAAGACGCCAUCGGGGCAAGCUGGCUGGACUUGGAUGAGGAUGGGUCUUUGGAUGUCAUGGUGCAGCGAUCAGGGAAACAGGACAAGGAGAAGGUUACAUUCGUUCAAAACAAUUUCUACCACGAUGCCUUCUUCCUCAAGACUGAAGUCCUGAAUGGCGUGUGUAGCGGGAAGUGUGAACCAAGUGCCGGCGGCAAGUCCUACAGUCCCCUCGGUGUCAGCUAUUCGGGUGCCACCUACAAAUUGGCUGUUCUAGACACCGUCGGAAAUAGAGUUGCCCAACAAGUCGCUCAAUUGCCUCAAACAGGAUACCAAGCCUUACAAACUCCAUAUGCCUUCUUUGGUCUCGGCCGUACCAAUAACUACAUUGAAAAAUUGUUCAUUGGUGCAUCCCUUCUCCCUCCCAACCAUCUCACCUACCUCGAUUCUCUCAUCCCCAAUUCACAAGUCCUGAUCAACCCGCCAUAUCCAUCAGCAUCUGAAGAAGAAAGCGGUGAGCGCAAGACUCUCGAGCUCCAGUCUCCAGUCAAGGCGCGAUCAACGGAGUGGAAAUCACAGUUGUAUCUCAAGCCUGGAGAUUGGGUGCCUUGGGUAGGUGCUGCCGUACUGGGGACAGUCCUUGUCCUCGGAACAGUCGUUCUGGGAUUGAACGAAAAAGAGAAGAAAGAGGAUGAAGUAGAGAGGCAGAGGGCAUUGCAUGCCAUCAACUUCCAGGCGUUGUAGGAUAGACUCUGUAGGAAUGUAUUGUAUUUUUGGG